AUGGAGCUCAGGAACGUCACGUGGGUGUCGUAUUUUGUGUUCCUGGGGCUCACACAGACUCGGGAGCUCCAGCUCUCAUUGUUCCUGGUCUUCCUCCUGGUCUACAUCACCACGGUCACGGGAAACCUCCUCAUCAUCUUCACAGUGACCUCUGACUCCCAGCUCCAUGUGCCCAUGUACUUCCUGCUGAGAAACUUGGCUGUUGUAGACCUCUGCUUCUCCUCAGUCACCUGUCCAAAGAUGCUGGCGGACUUGCUCUCUGAGCAGAAAACCAUCUCCUACCAGGGAUGCAUGGCUCAGAUUUUCUUCUUUCACUUCCUCGGAGGAGUCAUGGUCUUCUUCCUCUCAGUGAUGGCCUAUGACCGCCUCAUAGCCAUCUCCCGGCCUCUCCACUAUGUCACCAUCAUGAACACUCGGCUGUGUGUGGCACUGGUGGUGGCUUCCUGGGCAGGAGGCUUUGCCCACUCCAUUGUGCAGGUAUCUCUGAUGAUUCCCCUGCCUUUCUGUGGCCCCAACAUCCUGGACAACUUCUACUGUGAUGUCCCCCAAGUGCUGAGACUUGCUUGCACAGACACUUCCCUCCUGGAAUUCCUCAUGAUCUCCAACAGUGGCAUGCUAGACGUCAUUUGCUUCCUCAUCCUCCUGGUCUCCUAUGCCAUCAUCCUGGUGAUGCUGAGGUCCUAUCCGAAGGAGGCGAGGAAGAAGGCAGCUUCCACCUGCACCACCCACAUCAUUGUGGUGUCCAUGAUCUUCAUUCCAAGCAUUUACCUCUAUGCUCGGCCCUUCACCUCAUUCCCCAUGGACAAAGCAGUGUCCAUCAGUCACACAGUCAUGACCCCUAUGCUUAACCCCAUGAUCUACACCCUGAGGAACCAGGAGAUGCAGGCAGCACUGAAGAGAUUGGGGCGGCAUUGCCUGGUGUGUAAAAGGGAGUGA